GCGCGCAAAGAGUGCGCGCAGAAUCGGAAUCGAUCCACCUCACGCGGGCAUAGUGCGCCGAGUACAGUGCGCGGCCCCGCACGAUUACAUAAGCGGAGAAGGCGCCCAGCGCGCAUUGUCCCUGUUACCACCUCCACCACCAGCAGCAGCAGCAGCUAGCUACCACCUCACCACCGCGAGUCACCCAACCACCGUAACUCAGCACCGCCACAGUCAACGCCGCGGUCACCGUCACCACCACCAUCACUCGCCACCACCACCACCGCAGCCUCUCAAGCCACCGCGGUUACUUGAGCCCUGCCCCGCUGCCUCUCAACCACCACGGGACCAUCGCCCGUCAGCCGGCUCGUUCGUCCUGCCGAGUUGGCGGCGGCGGCGGCUGCGGCGCGAUUCGCAGUGGUGUGAGGUGUGUGUGGGGGUGGGCGCGUUGUUGGUGGCGGCGAGAGGCGAACAGAGCCGAAGUGAGAGAGGGUUCGUGGUGGUGGUGGUGGGGUGGUGGGUCUCGCUGCGGGGUGGAAGAAGGGGCCGCGGCGGCCGCGAGGGGAGACGGAGCGAAGAGUGGACAACUCUAGCGAGCGAGUUGGUGCCUGGAGGAUUGUGUACCGUGCCACGGCGUGGUGUCGUGGUGGUGGUGGUGGGGUGGUGGUGGUGGGCAACACGGCGCGAGUUCGACUCCAACCCCCCGCCGCCGCCGCCGCCAGGUGGGCCAGCUUUAGGCUGCUUAGCCCGCAAUGAUGGCCACUCAGAACAUGACGGUGAGCACUUCCAACGCUCUUGAGGACGACGAGGAGGGCGGCGUGCCCAAGGUGUGCGGCGUGUGUGGAGACAAGGCCACGGGGUACCACUUCAAUGCCAUGACCUGUGAAGGAUGCAAGGGCUUCUUCAGGAGGAGCAUGAAGAGGAGUGCUUCCUUCACUUGUCCAUUUGAAGGGAAGUGCAACAUCACCAAGGACAACCGCCGGCACUGCCAAGCAUGCCGCCUAAAGCGCUGCCGGGAUAUUGGCAUGAUGAAAGAGUUGAUCAUGACAGAGGAGGAAGUGCAGAGGAAAAAAGAGAUAAUAAUGAAGAGAAAGCUUGAAGACUCUGCGCGUGAAGUCCAUACGCCCCAGCUGUUGGAGGAGCAGGAGCGGCUGAUAGCAACGCUCAUCGAAGCUCACAGGAAGACCUACGAUGCUUCUUAUUCCGAUUUCUCACAAUUCCGGCCACCCAAGAGAGGUGAUGGCAGUCCUGAAUGUAGAAAUGCUACCAACCCUUUCCUGAUGUCCCUGCUCAACUCAGAUAUGGACGAGCUUCCCAAAGCUUCUGCAAGUGGUGCAGAGGCCGCAGCGGGUGACGAGCUCUCCAUGCUGCCCCAUCUGGCCGAUCUUGUCAGUUACAGCAUUCAGAAAGUCAUCGGCUUUGCCAAGAUGAUCCCUGGUUUCAAAGAGCUGUGCACGGAGGAUCAGAUUUCCCUGCUCAAGGCCAGUGCCAUUGAAAUCAUCAUCCUCCGCUCCAACGAGUCCUUCACGAUGGAGGACAAUUCUUGGACCUGUGGCAGCAACGAGUUCAAAUAUCAGAUCGGCGACGUUAUGCAGGCUGGACACAAGUUGGAGCUUCUGGAGCCCCUUGUCAAGUUCCAGGUCAACAUGAAGAAACUUGACCUCCAUGAGGCUGAGCACGUGCUGCUCAUGGCUAUCUGCCUCUUCUCUCCCGACCGGCCUGGCGUACAAGACCGUUGCAGGGUGGAGGAGGUGCAGGAGCACCUGACGGAGACGCUGCGCGCCUACAUCGCUUGUCGCCACCCGCUCUCCUGCAAGCACAUGCUCUACGCCAAGAUGGUGGAGAAGCUGACCGAGCUGAGGAGCCUCAACGAGGAGCACUCGAAGCAGUACCUGCAGAUCUCGCAGGACGCCGUCAACAAGGAGGACCUGCCGCCACUCCUGCUGGAGGUCUUUGGCAACCCAACCGCAUGAAGUAAGGGAGACGACGCAGCUUGGGAUGGACGAGUGGAGAGAUUGCUGCCCUCCUGUGAGAAUUUGCACUGGCGAAGAGGUCAUCACUACUGAAGAGUCAUUAUUUUUCUACGUGCAUGCCUCCAUUACUUAUUUUAAAAGGCUGUGUUAAUAUAAAUUAUAGCUGGGAGGAAUAACGGAAAUGUCAAUGACAUAUUUUUAUUAAACUGAACUCUCGUUAUUUUUUUAAAUAUGCAUUUGCCUACGACGACCUGCAGAGGGUGACAUACACUCGAAGCGGGUGCUUAAGGUCUGCAUAGGCUCAUUCAAAUCGUCACAACUUAGAUUUAAGUUAUUGUUUUAUAGGCCAACAAUCAUGGGAUUAAUUGUAUUCCAUAAUAGACAUAGAAUAUGCCACGCAGGAGGCUAUAUGUAAUGUUUUAGGGGAUAGCCUUACAUCUCAAAGUAGCUGAUAUUGUUUAUUUUUCUGGAAGAGGCCCAAUAGAAUGCUUGUGUUAAUUGGCACUAAUAUAUACGUACUGUGACCUCAAUCCAGCCGACUGAAGAUUGGCAAUCACAUAUAGCCUCCUCUAAGAAAUGUACUGCAUGUGUAUAUACUGCAUAUAAAUGAUAAA